CAUACAACUCCAAAUCCAAGGAGGCCACCGGAGUAUCCCGUCUUCUCCGACGCCUUUUCCUCUUAUCUGGGAUACCCACGCGCCACGUGUAGUUUCUGACACGUGUCCCUGUACCCGCACGCCAUUCUCCCCAAACCUCCUCAGAUUUAGCCCAUCUCAUUAGCCGCCCCAUCCCUUCCUACUUCCUAGACCACUAAGCAGAGGCGCAGAAGAAGCUGGAGACGAAGCCUACUGCCGAAACCGAAUCUGAAAGAGAGUGCCGACUGCUGAGAACGCCGCCGGUAGAGAGACGCCGCUGCACCCUCCAGGAAUAUGAAUGCAUGCUAUCUCAGCUCUUCUGUUUAAGUUCUCUUCAAAAGCACUGUAGGAGUACAACUUUAUAUCUUCAAAUCUCAAGGAAUGGCCAACCAAUCUGAUGCACAUUCAUCUGCCAUUUCAGCUGCUGAGCUUGAGUUUCUUGCAGAGGAUGAGAUGGUUGAAGUUGUGCCCAACAUGAGAAUGGAACCCCUCAAUUUGAUCUGUGGAGAUUUUGGUCCUUUUCACCCACAAAUACCUAUACAAGUGCCACUGUGGCUAGCAGUGGCCCUGAAAAAAAGAGGAAAGUGUACUAUCAAACCUCCUGAGUGGAUGUCUAUUGAAAAGUUAACUCAGGUCCUGGAAGCGGAAAGAGAUUUUGAAGGAUUUGAGCCAUUGCCAUUUCAUUAUGUUGAAAUCUCAAGACUUCUUUUUGAUCAUGCGCGUGAGGACAUACAAGAUGUUUAUAUGGUGAGAUCUCUAAUUGAGGAUAUCAAGGAUGUACGUUUCCACAAACUAGGAACUGGCUUGGAAAAAAUAACGGAGCUCUCUCCUGGAGUGAAGCUCAAAAAUGUAUCUGCAAUGGAAACAAACGUGGUGCGCCCGUUUGUGACAAAAGCAUUGGAGACAUUUCAUAAGCUGCGCAGUCCGGAUUUGCUACCAGAAUCAGGUGGUGGUGGUGGUUUGCCAAAUAGACAACGGCGACCUAUGAAUGCCCCAACUAGGGUCACUAAACCCAGAUGAUGGUGAUGAUGAUGAUGAUGUUUCCCAAUGCAAUGUUGCAAUCAUCUUCUUCAACAUGUGUCCCUGAUGAAGAAAAAAAAGCUCUAAGUUGAGCUUAAUUUUGAAUUCGUUGUAAUUACGUACUACGGAGGAUUUAUUUAUUUAUUUAUUUUUGUGUUGUUUUGUAAGCUAGUUCUAAAACUUGAUGCAUAAAAAACUCAAUGUUUA